AUGCCAUAUCCAGCGUUGCAUCUAUCACAAUAUUCAAAAUUUAAGUCGAGUCUAGGCAUUUCUCCUGUAAAACAGUAUUUAAACCACCAAAAGGGAAUAUUGUCAUUACUGCAUAACUGUGUAAAUUUUAAUAAUAGAAGGGGAUUGGCCCAAUUAUCAUUGACUAGCGAGCUGUUCAAAGAACCAGGUUUUAAUAAUUUGACAUGUAUGACAUUUAAUUCCAAUACCAAUAAUGAUUUAGUUAUAGCAGGGGAUUCUUUAUUCAAAGUAGAUCUAUUGAAGCCAAACAUGACAACUUCAUUCAAUCAUUCGGGAAAAGUUUCCAUGAUUGAUAAUACAUUGAAAUACCUUACUCUUGGUAAAUCUAAUGGUGAAAUUGAAAUAUUCGAUCCAGUGAGUAAUCAAACAGUUAAAUCGUUUUACGGCCAUAAUGGGUUGCUCUCAGAUAUAGACGUACAAGGAAACUAUGUGGCAUCUUGUGGUUACUCAUUACGCCCAAGACGAAACCAAGCGUCUCAAAGUAGUUAUAUGAUUGAUCCUUUGGUAAACAUUUAUGAUUUGAGAAUGAUGAGAUCUUUGCCUCCAAUUCCAUUUCCAGCUGGGGCAUCAUUUGUCAGAUUUCAUCCUAAGCUACCAAAUAUUAUGAUAAUUGCGUCUAGUUUGGGUCAGUUACAAUUUGUUGACAUCUAUGAUCAGCUGAAUGUUUACUUAUAUCAAGCAGAUUUGAGUAAUGUAAACGCGUCAACACCGACAACUUCUUCAAACACAUAUUUGGCGAAUCUUGAAAUCAGUGGGAAUGGUGACUUUAUUACUUUCAGUGAUGGGUUUCAAAACUUACAUUUAUGGUCGUUUAAAAAUAAUAAUAGCAAGAAUUUUAUAAACUUUCCAAGUUAUUUAGAACAGCCAGAUUUUGUUCAACCAUUUCAACAAAACCAUAUUGAUGUAGAUGACGUGGUUCCACUAUCAUCGAUUGGUAUGCCUUAUUACAAAGAUCUAUUACUUUCAAAUUAUGCAUCAGACUUACACUUUACGAAGGAGUUACUGAAAUUGCCCACACACUUGGAUCCAGAGUUAUUGCAGAGUCAGUAUUCACAAAUUCUUCCAUAUAAUAGUUUAAAAUAUGGUAAAAGAAAUCUACAUAAAUUUUAUGUACCAUUGAAAACUAAUAUGCAAACAAAACAAAAAUUAUUCCCAAAGUUUAUCAGUGAAAAAAAUGGACAUGAGUCAGUAUUUGAUAAUGAGAACAGCAAUAUUUUUGAAUAUAAAUCACUGAAUAAGUUUGAGGUGCCUAAGUGUUAUUCAAGUUUGAAAAUUCAGUACUCUAAAUUUGGGGUGGAAGAUUUUGAUUUUAGUUUCUAUAAUAGAACAAAAUAUAGUGGAUUAGAAAAUCACUUAGAUAAUUCUUAUAUCAAUUCAUUGUUGCAAUUAUAUAAAUACAGCUCAAUUUUCCAGAAUUUUAUUAUCAAACAUUUGCUAAAGGAAUGGCUACCAAAUGACUUGACAACUAUUAUCCAAAAGGGCAACCCACAGGGUUCUUCGAUUUUAAACGAAUUAGGCUAUAUUUUUGAUAUGAUGAAUAAAUCUCAAGGAAAAAAUUGCAAGACCUCUAAUUUCUCAAGUGUUUUGAGUCAAAAUCAGGUAGCUCAAAUGCAAGAAUUAAUCAAUAAAGAUGAUUGCAAAAACUUGAAUGCAUUUGAAAUAAGAGCUAUAAUCAGCAAGUUUAAUAAAUUUUUAUUAUCUACGUGCAAUAAUGAUUUAUUGAACCAAUUUAACACAUCGUUAAAUGAAAUUACGAACAUAAACUACGAGAUUGAAAUUAAGAGUAAUGGUUGUAAUAUAAACAAUGUUAAUUACAACAGUCAGUUAACAGUUGAUCUCAUGAGUCCUCCAGUUAAUAAAUUAAGCAUUCUAAUCUCCGCAAACUCAACUUCAGCAACAAAGAAAAAUUUGAAUAUUUUAAAUUACCUCGACUAUUCGAUGAAUCAAUUUAAAACAAUGAAGUGUCAACAGUGUAAUAAUUCAUUUCCGCAUCUUUUAGAAAUGAGACAAUCUUUGGUUCAGUUACCACCUGUUCUUCUGAUAAAUGUUAACUUCACUGGUCAAGAAUUUAAUAUAAUCCCAAACUUUCCUAAUUGGCUCGUUCCUGAAUUUUAUACUUAUGAAAUGAAUAACAAAGUUAAUUUCAAAUUACAAAGUAAUGAUAAUCUUUCAAAUAAGUAUGAGUUAUUGGGUUAUGUCUGUGAAAUAAACCAGGGUUCGGAAUUUUUAAAAGGUGAACAUAACCUAGUCUCAUAUAUCAAAAUAGAAGGUCAAUGGUAUUUAUUUAAUGAUUUCUUAGUAAUGCCAAUUCCCGAGUCUGAAGUGUUUGACUUAUCUUAUAAUUGGAAAAAGCCAAUUAUAAUUAUGUAUCAGUUGGCAAAAAGCGUGGAGUUGGAGACUUUUAAACAGGAAUCUUUUGCUCAAUUGCUGGAUUUGAAUGACUCAAUUUUGUAUCGUGAUCAUUUCGCUGGUGGAAUCAGGGAUUCAAUUAAACGAGAAUAUGAAUUGUUGACGAAAGAUGAAGCACCCAGUGCAGGUACAUUAAUAGCAAUUGAUGCAGAGUUUGUGACUCUAAAUCCGGAAGAACUAGAAGUUCAUUAUGGUGGUGUCAGGAAUCUAAUUAAACCUAGAAAUCUUUCUCUUGCCAGAAUUUCUGUACUUAGGGGUGAUAAUGGACCCAAACAAGGUGUUCCAUUUAUUGAUGAUUAUAUUAUUCAUACUUGCUUUAUCGACGAUUAUUUGACAAGCUUUUCUGGUAUUGAGCCAGGUGAUUUAGAUCCAUCGACUUCUAAUAAAACUUUGACAACGUUGCAGACUUCUUAUAGGAAAUUAUGGCUUCUAUUGAACCUAGGAUGUAUAUUUGUUGGACAUGGUUUACAGAAUGAUUUUAGGUGUAUUAAUUUGCAUGUUCCUAAGAAUCAAAUUAGAGACACAGCCGAAUUUUUUUAUCUACCCGAGUUCAAACGUAAACUAAGCUUGAAGUUUUUGGCUUAUAUUUUAUUAAAAGAAAAGGUUCAGACUGGUAACCAUGAUUCUAUCGAAGAUGCCAAUACAGCUUUAUUAUUAUAUAAAAAAUACCUCGAGCUCACUGCAAUUGGUGAUUUUGAAUCUACCUUACACAGAAUAUAUAUGGAUGGUCAACAAUUGAGAUUUAAAGUACCAGAUUCAUAG